AUGCAGAAAAAAAACCUGUCUGAAGAUGUUAAGUUGAUCCAAGCCGAGAAUGAACAGAACAUGCAAGUUUACUCCUUUGCCCUCGCGACAGCCGUGGCGGCAGAAGUUGUCCGCCUCAGAACAGCUGUCGCCACCUCAGCAUCCGGCGAGUCCAAAGAGGAGAUUGUUGCCAUCAAUAUUCAGACAGCUUUUCGAGGUUACAUGUGGAUGCAAAUGGUGGCUCGUUUGCAAUCUGAGGUUCGUGCAAGGAGAAGGGAAAUAUUGUCGUCGGUCGAGAACUCGACUAUUCAUCGAAAAAUCCAACACAAUAGCGAAAAGGAAGCCGAGAAGUCAAAAAUAUCCAACGUAGAAAACUGGGACGACAGCUCGCAGACGAGAGAACAGAUUGAGGCGACUCGUUGUAACCGGGAAGAGGUCACCAUGAGACGAGAGAGGGCAUUGGCCUACGCAUUCUCGCACCAACAAACAUGGAGAAACUCGUCAAACUCGACAAACCAAACAUUCAUGGACCCGAACAAUCCGAGGUGGGGUUGGAGCUGGUUAGAACAUUGGAUGUUCGCACGCCAAUGUGAAAACGAAGGCAAAAACACGGUCACAUCUCCUUUGACUCCAAAAUCGCGAUCGGGUAGCCGAACCCCAAGGCCACCGAGCCCGAGACGAGCCACAUUCAAAGAUGAAGAUUUAAGGAGCUUUAACAGCACGCUUUCCAAGAGAUCGAGCUUGCCAGGUGUCCCGAGCUACAUGGGGUCCACGUAG